AUGUCUGCAGGCUUCAGGAUAACUCCCGCGUUAUGGGACCGCAUCCACCAUUUCGCAUCUUUCCCACAAACUGGAGGCGAGUCUCUCUCACUGCAGCAGAUGGUAUUGUUUGGACAGAAUCCAUCACAGGGAACGCUGUUGGCCGCCAGUCAGUUCCUCGGUGAAGAACUCCCAAUCCGACUCGCACAUCGUGUUAAGGAACUCGAUACUCUUCCUCACAACUUGUCCAAGAUGCCUAGCAUCGAGAAAGUGAAGAACUGGUAUGCGCAUAGCUUUGAGGAACUCAUCAGGUUUCCCCCUCCACGGCUUCCCUCGGAUCUGCGGAAGGAGCUGGCUAAGGCGGAAAAGGCUGCGCGAGAAGAGGGCGAUGCCAUGCCAGAAAGUAUACCUAAUCCCAGCCUAAUUGGACUCGGAGAUGGAUAUACGGGAAUCGGGGCUGGACCGAUAGGCGACUCGUUUGUUGGUUACUCAUCUCCGGCCGCUCAGGGAACCGGCAUUGGUAACAAGUUCAAGUUACGUGUACCCAUGGAGCGAAGGUACUAUGCGAACCCAAGGCUCAUCGACUGGCCGCCGGAGGUGCACGACUACAAUGCCCGGUUCACGAAAAUGUUGGAGAGGAUAAAGAGCCGGCAUGAUCCGACGGUCACUACGGUGGCCCAGGGUGUGCUGGAGUGGAAACGAUCUACCAACGCAAGGCACAUUGGUCUUGAUAUCCAAGCGUGGCUCGAUCGGUUCUACAUGUCUCGUAUAGGGAUCCGUUUUCUGAUCGGCCAGCAUAUCGCUCUCAACAAACAUGAGAAACACCCCGGGUGGGUCGGGAUCAUCUGCACGGAAUCCAACGUGCACGAUAUCAUCCAGGAGUCUAUCGAGAACGCAAGAUUCGUAUGCGAAGAGCAUUACGCUAUGUUCCGAGGCCCUCCCGUGGAGUUGAUUUGCCCACCGGACCUGCAGUUUGCCUACGUUCCUGGCCAUCUCUCGCAUAUCGUGUUCGAACUCCUCAAAAACUCGUUACGAGCGGUCGUAGAGCGGUAUGGCCCAGACUACCAGGACAAUGGAGGCUCCCAGAAACGCGAAUACCCAAAGAUCCGCGUUAUCGUCGUGGAAGGCAAGGAAGACAUCACGAUCAAGAUCUCGGACGAAGGGGGCGGUAUUCCGCGAUCGGCGAUCCCGUUGAUAUGGACGUACAUGUACACGACCAUGGAGGGCCAAGCUAUCGACCAGGACUUUCAAGCGAGCGACUUCAAGGCCCCGAUGGCCGGUUUUGGCUAUGGCCUACCGCUCUCGAGACUGUAUGCGCGGUACUUCGGAGGCGACCUUCGCUUGAUAUCCAUGGAGGGAUACGGCACGGACGUCUAUAUACAUCUGAACCGUUUGUCCAGCAGCCGCGAGCCCCUGCCUUGA